AUGUUCCACCUCGAGCAGGGUGGCGCGGAGGAUCUCCUCCCCCAGGAUCCACAGACGUGGCGCACCCUGCAGCCGCCCCUCUGGGAGGAGGGCGGACACUGCGUCCUUGUCCUACUCGAUGACGGUCGCGGCGAACGCUGGUGCUGCUCCUCAUUCUCGACCUUCAAGGAGGAUCACUGGAGAAGAGAACUUGAAGGUGGGAAUUCUGAACCAUAUAUAGUUGUAGCUGGAUAUAAAGAUAAAAAUAACAUAUAUGAUAUAGACACAGGACCUGUUCUACAACCAGCACUCAGCAAUUACAGGGUUGAUUUCUAUCCUACUAAUGACUACUUCCUUCUCCACCCAUCCAAUGGUGUACAUGACGUCCUCCUCCUUGACGUGGCUGUCCCCAACGAGCUCUCUCCUCCGGAGGAGGUGAAGAUCAUUACCCUGCGAGACUGGGCGGAUAAGGGUACCAUUGUGGCCGCCAAGGAGAUAAAGCAGGUGACUUUUGCCAACAUCUGCAAGAUGUUCAUAAGCAUGGAGUCGUCGCCUUUGACAGACAAGUUUGAUAUGUGGUUCGGCAAAUUGCUUGAUGGUCUACGGGCAUUCCCCUUUGAUAUUCCAGGGACAACAUCUCACACUGCACGAAAGUGUCGCCAGAAGCUAGAUGCCGUCUUCCGGGAGGAGCUGCAAGCAAGGAAGAUGUACAAGGAGUGUGAUGAUCUUAUGAGCGGAUUGAUGCAGAUGAAGGAUGAGCACGGGAAGAAAUUGAGUGACGAGGAGGUGGUACAUAACAUCAUCUCCCUCGUCAUCGCUGGCUACGAGUCCACUACCAUCGCCAUCAUGUGGGCUGUCUACCACCUCGCAAAAUCCCUGGUUGUCCUUGCUAAGCUUCGGGAGGAGAAUGUAGCGAUGAGCAAAAGCAAAGGUGGGUCUACGUCAACGGGUUUGAUGAUUACCCACGAUGACAUCCCAAAGAUGAAGUACACCGCGAAGGUGGUGGAGGAGACAAUUCGGAUGGCCAACAUCGCCCCCAUGGUCCACCGUGUGGCGAACAAGGAUGUGGAGUACCGCGGCUACACCAUACCAAAGGGAUGGGCCGUGCUGGUGUGGUUGAGAUCAGUGCACACCGAUCCCAAUUACUACCAGGAUCCCCUCUCCUUCAAUCCUGACAGAUGGGAUGGACCGGCAAAGCCAGGAACAUACCAGGUGUUCGGAGGUGGCCCUCGGAUCUGCGCAGGCAACAUGCUCGCUAGGCUGCAGGUCACCAUCAUCCUGCAUCAUCUCUGCGUUGGCUAUGAAUGGGAGUUGAUCAAUCCCGAUGCACAGAUUAAUUACCUUCCGCACCCAAGGCCAGUGGAUGGCGCAGCCAUGACCUUUCGUAAGCUUAGCACCUGA